AGAAAAAACCCGAAGAAGCGAAACGAUUCCCCUUCGUUCGCUUCGCGUUCAUUCAAAAUAAUCACACAACAGAACGAAAAGAGAAUCACGCAAAAAUUCGUUUGUGUGUUGAGGGCUUGUUGCGCAGAGUUCAAUCGCAAGCGGAGCAAAGCGGAUCGCGUCUAGUACCGAAAAGUUAAGCUGUCGAGUGCCGGAGUUAUGUGGUUUAAAAAAAAUUAAAUGGAUGCCACCAGCAGCAAAAGCAGCGUCUUUUCAGUUUCAAAUUUGGAUUGUCGCUGCGCGUUUUGCCGCAAUCCCGUGCAGAAAGGAAAUUGAUUGAGUGCUAAUAACUGAACCGUGAAGCCGGGAGUGAUUGUUAAUAAAGUUUUGAAGUUAAAGUUCAGUGCGAUUGAGGAGAGGAUUUUCGUUUGUGUUUCGGAAUUGGGUAGGGCAAAAGUUUUGGUGUUGAACAAAGAAGAAUAGAGCCUGUGGAUAUAAGCAAAGUGCGCAAAAAUGGAUACACCGAAGCGAAUCAAAACCAUUUCCUCGCCUUACUUUGGAAGCCCUCCGCCGGCCACAAAUCAAACGGUGCUGGGUCAGCUUUUCUCCCACGGAACACCGGGAGGAGACAAUGGCAAACAUCAGAUGCAGCAUCAGUGGGGCAGCGGCGGAUGUUGGCCACCGUCUUCCCACGACUCGCUAACCAGUCCUCCGUCGACGUGUAGCUCGCCGGAUGUGCUCGUGGCCAAGUCCCUAGCGGCCACUCCGACAACCCAUGGAAGCGGCAGCUGGAAGCAUCAGCAGCACAAUUCCAGCAGUGGCUGCAGUUCGGCGGAAAAGUCCGAAAACAAACGGGGCCGGCCGAGAUCCGAGGCGCUGACCACCCUGAUGGUGGAGGGCUCGAUUUCUCCGUCGGCCAUCAAGUGCCGCUACUGCAAUCGGGUUUUCCCGCGGGAGAAAUCCCUCCAGGCGCACCUCCGGACGCACACAGGUGAACGACCCUACCAAUGUGACUACCCGGGCUGCACCAGGGCCUUCACCCAGAGCGGCCAACUGAAAACCCACCAGCGACUGCACACCGGAGAACGACCUUUCAUCUGCGCCGCGCCCAACUGCCAGAUGCGGUUCACACAUGCCAAUCGUCACUGCCCGGAUCAUCCGUACGACACCCUGAAACGAUGUGACGACUUUGUGAUCCAAACCGUACCGGAGCAGAACGUCGAGGUGCUGAAGUGGCUGGAAAAGUAUCGACUAGAGCGCGAAGACCGUACGCCCACCCGUAAGACACCAAAGCGACCGAACCACAGUGCCCACAAUGAAAACGAGAACCGGUCGCAUUCGGCGACGAACAAUGAAAACUACGUUGCCAACGGUGGUACCUUCCAGUCUCCGAUAACGCCACGUUCGCCAUUCAAGAGUCGCAAAGGUCUGAUGUGCGAAUUGGACAUGAAUGCAGGCAUGGGACUGACGGCCAGUCCCCUCACAGCUAAAACCAAACCAAAUAUUCCCAAGCUGAUCCAAUGGCAGGAACCAACUAGCCAAGAAGAAGACGAAUCUGGGGAUGAAUCUAGCGGAAUUCCAGCUCGUUCGACGUUCAACCCGAAAAAGAAGUGGCUGCGCGAUGCUUGGCAGGAAGAUUUGGCCAAACCACUAGAGCCAAGCAUCAUAUCGCAACAGGUUUUGUCCAGCACCACCUCAACAGCCGCUCUAAAGCAACAACUCUACCAGGAAAGCAGCAACCCUAAGACACAAACGACGAACACAGCCCCAAUUACCGUUAAUCCCAACCAGAUGCGUCCAACAGUGCUAAUGGUAGCGAGCAAGGACUGCGCUCGUCCACUCAACGAACAACCCAUCGUUCCCCAUGUUCAGUCACAUCACCGACCAGAAGAAACAAACCGAAAGCUUCAGGGAGCACUCGCUCUGAUGCAACUAGCAACCGAAGAUUCCGGUGCAUUCCUCGGUCCGUACACUGAUGGGCUGACCACAAAUACCAGUGAACCCUCGUCCACCAUCACGUCUCCAGCAUCGUCCUCUUGUUCGCCACCAGUGACUACGGCAGGAUACCUAACGCAACAGCAGCACCCUCUCCGAAUACCGAUGAUUUCCCACCUGCCAGGGGACAUCGACCACAGUAUCCCGUUUACCAUUGCCGCCGAGGGCUACGUGAACUACCAGUAACCAUGAGGCCUUCUAGCCGUUGUAAAGUUACUCGUUAUAAGUUUCCCACAAAAAGUUCGAUCUCUUUAAUCUCUUCUUUUCUAACAUUUUUAUCUUCUAAACCGUUACUAAAAAUAUCUACGCUGUAAGGUAAUCCAAAGAAAAUGUAUAGGGGAAACGGGGGAAAGUAUGUACCUACAAAACGUGCUCCGUGAAUUUUGCCCUGUGAUGAGUCUGUGUAUCUUAAUGUAUAAGUUCCAUUCGUCUAACAUUUCGCUUUGAUAGAUUUUUAAUUUUAUUUUUCGAUCGAUCGACAGAAUUAUUGUCCUCUCGCUGUUUAAUUUUAACACGUUUCGCUUAGAAAUGGUGAGGCUACCACUCGUGUGGAUUUUGCAGACCUUUACCAUAAUUACCGAUAACACUUAUUUAUGUAUCCAUACUUCGCUGUGUAUUUCACUUAAGUUUAACAGUUUCAUACGAGAAAAAGAGCUAUUUAUUGUUUUAUGAGAUUUUUUGACGAAGAGACAAAAGCUAUGAUGUGGACGCACGAUCCACGAACAGAAUCAUUCUUACCAAUGCGAUUCUUCUGAUUGUAAAAAACAUAUCCCUUUACAAAUGUACGACGUACCCAUAUAUUUUAUUAAAAAGCUCAGUGAGAAUAUGUUUCAAGAAAAAUGUAUAAAAUAA